ACGAAGUAAUGCUACAUGCAUGGAAUCAACGUCCUCUUGUCUGCCACCGCCAUAAGGAAAAGAAAGCGAUUCUUGACGUUGGACUGCUUGGAUUUGCAGCACAGGCAAUCUCCUACGUCUCAAUUACCAUUCAGGUACCUAUUAUGUCAAGUAAAUGGAAUUUUUGCAUACCCUACGUACUCAGCAUCCAUCACAAGCCAAGCUCUCGGUAGCUUUGAGAGUUCCGGCUCGGUGAUGGGGAGCUACUGUUUUAUAAGCUUGUAGAUACCUACGGGAUCAACACGACCGACUGUGCAACUGUACGGCUAUAAUAUUCUUCACCUAGACAUUGCCCGGAGCCUAGGUCAGCAUGGCGGCCAAUUUUUGGGAGUCAACCCAGCGUCGGAACUGGCUCUUCACCAAAGAGGAGCUGGCAGCCAGACGACAGCAACUGGAAAAUGAGGACCCUUCCUUGGUGACCAUGUAUCCAUUGCCUGAAUGGAGACAUUUAUAUAACUACUUCAACUACCAAAUGCUCCGCCUCGCCAAAAACCUCUCGAUCCGUCAACAAGCCAUUGCCACAGCCCAGGUCUACAUGAAGCGCUUCUACACGCGUGUCGAGAUUCGAAGCACGAACCCAACCCUUGUUCUCGUCACGGCCGUCUACCUCGCCUGCAAGAUGGAGGAGAUGCCGCUCCACAUACGCAACGUCUCGCUCGAGGCGAAGAAGGUCUGGCCAAUGGAGACGCCCUCGCUCGAGAUCGCAAAGAUUGGCGAGUGUGAGUUCUGGCUGAUCUCGGAGAUGAGCGCCCAGCUCAUCGUCCACCAGCCCUACCGCACUCUCACCGCCCUGCAGCAGGACUUUCAGCUCGCUAAUGACGACCACGUCCUGGCUGUGUCUUUCCUCAACGAUCACUUCAUGACCGACUUGCCACUGCUGUAUGCCCCCCACACCAUCGCGCUGGCUGCCAUCAUGCUGGCUCUUGUGCUUAGGUUGUCCAAGGCCUCAAGCAGCAAUAAUGCCGCCGCCGGGCAGCAGGGCGGCGCACAAGCCGGCCCGCUGGGCAUCACCCUGGCAUCUGGGCUGUCCAUGUUCCAACAGGCCGUAGCGGCCAAAGCCAUGACACCUGGCGGGAGCGGCUCCCCCGCAAUGUCUUCGCCCAUCCAGCAGAAUCCACCAAACCAGGCUUACCAGCUCACGCCGCAGCAACAGGAGAUGUUCCGCCAGCAACAAAUGCAGCAGCAGAACAGACAGCCAGAAACCCAGGCCAAGGACUCGCCGCAGAAGGAGAAGAGCAAACUCCAACGUUUUGCCGCAUGGCUCUCGGAGAGCGGUGUCGACAUCGAGGCCAUGAUCGAUUGCACGCAGGAGCUGAUCGCGUUUUACGAGUGCCAAGAGUCGUACAACGAACAGAUUACGCGUGACCAAAUCAACCGGUUCGUCAAGGCUCGGGGCCUUUAGGGGGGCAUUAAUUUUCAGGUCUUGGUGGAGCUAUCAAACCUCUACUAUGCCCAUGGGGUACGGUUUUGUUCAUGAUUGAACUCGUGCAGUCCUUCUUUUUGUCCGCUGGUAUAGGGAUCUCUCGAUGAAGAGCAACUCUUUUCGGAAAUGUUUUGUCGUGCCUUGCGCAUCUCAGCUCUGGCAAACAUGGGCUUGGCCAGUUGGGCCCUUCUUAAGAGACAGGCCUUCGGUCCAGGUCUGGUGAAUCACAUGCGUGUCAGUCCUUUUUGGGGGAUUUUUACGGCCUCGAUCAACCGGUUGAUGACGAAUAUUGUCUCGGAGAUCCAUCAGCUUGCUUAGGCCGACGGGCAAAAAAUAACGUGCUGAAAGCUUUGGUCGUUGCAUGAUUGGUGGUGCUCGCAUGGCCCGGCUGCACCGCUGGCUGCAGGGGAAUCGCACACACGGCAGUGCUCGGGACUCGAACGACACCCGGGGCUCACCAGGCUCUGGGCUGAAUGUUGGCGAUAUAGGGCCAUCUUGCCACCACCCAGCGACUUUACCUCGAUGCAAGUUUUUUGAUUGCCAAUCUAGUGUUGCUCUGGGACGAGGUUUCUACGAGGAUACGUAUUGUGGGACGAGUGACACGAUCCUAUAUGGGAGUCCAGCGUGACACGCCCGGCAAACAGGGCGGCUGACCUCGGAGUGUGACGGAGCUCGCGGUUCAGUACCAUGGUCUUUGUACUUACCAGAGGAUGCUUGGCUAUGCAGUAUGUGUGCAGGUGUUCAUCAGGCUCUAGAUUCUGUAGUAAUCCUCUGGUGCGUGGCGAUCUGACAGGACGUGGAAUCACGAGCACCAAAAGAUGAUCGGGGGUCUCAGAAUGGAUAUGAGAUCAUCCUGUAGUAUGAGAUAGCGUGUGAUACAGACCAUAUAGUUUUGAAUAGAGCGUGUCCUGCCUAUGGCUUAC